AUGACAUCAGAUACGACCAACACAACUAGCGAUGGAGAACCAAAUCACAAAAAACUUAAAAGGGAUAAUGCUCAAGAACUUGAAUCAGCCUCAUUGAACAAAUUGUCUAAUGUAAAAUUAUCGCAUGAACAAACAAAACUAAGAGAUAGAAUAUUAAGAUUUACUCGUAGACAUUUAAUUAGUUAUAAUGCAAAAAAAUCAACUAAACAUUCACCUGCAAUUUUCACUAUUCAGGGUGAUGCAGGUACAGGGAAAUCAGUUGUUUUAAAUUCUUUAUUUAACACAUUUCAAAAACUUUCAAUUGAGAAUGAUGAUCCUGAAGAUGUUUUAUGUGGUACAAAAAAUUACUUAGUGGUUAAUCAUCCCGAAAUGUUAAAACUUUACUUAAGGAUUAGUAAACAAUUUAAAUAUAUCAAAAGAGGAUCAUUAGAGAGACCUACAUCUCUAAUAAAUAGAUUAAUUAAAAAUAAUGAAUUGGCAGAUAUAAUUGUAGUAGAUGAGGCGCAUCUAUUGGCAACUUCAAAGGACGCUUUUAAGAAAUUUUAUGGGAAUAAUCAACUGGAAGAACUUUUAUCAUUAGCAAAAGUUCUUAUUGUGGUAUACGAUCACAGACAAUCCUUACGAAUGGGGUGUUAUUGGGAUGAUUAUUCUAAGAACGGUGCAAGUUUGUCAAGACUUACUCAAAAAAUUCCUGAGACAAAGAGACAUUGGCAUGAAUUGGAAAAACAGUUCAGAGUUGCUGCACCACCGGAUGUCUUGGAAUGGAUAAAGAUAUUUACUACUACAGGAAAAAUACCAGAAUUCCCAAGGAGUGUGUUUGAGAAUAGCGAAACAAAGAAGAACAAAAAUUCUGAAAAAUAUGAUUUUAAAAUAUGGGAUGACUGUGGUAAAAUGUAUGAAGACUUAAAAUUGAAGAAUAAUAAAUAUGGUCAAUGUAGAGUAUUAUCUACUUAUGAUUUCCCGUAUAGACUAGAUGGUAAAGAUUAUUAUGUUGAAUGCGGAAAAAAUUUUAAAGUAAGAUGGGAUCGUUAUCAACCACGAGCUACUUUACCAUGGAGUGAACGUGCCGACUCAAUAAAUGAAGUAGGAAGUGUUUACACAAUGCAAGGUUUCGACCUAAAUUAUGCAGCUGUGAUACUCGGUAGAUCAAUCGGAUAUGACGAAAAUAAUGAUUGUCUUGAACUAAAACCAGAAUUAUAUGACGAUCGUGCUGGCUUUACCAGAAAGGAGAACAUCAUAUCUCCAGAUACUGUAAAAGCAAAAAUUAUCAUGAAUAGUUUGAACGUUUUAUUAACGAGGGGUGUGAAAGGUUUGUAUAUUUAUGCCUAUGAUUCCAAAUUGAGAAAACGGUUACAAAAAUCUAUGGUCAAAGAAAAGGAUGAUAGGUUUAAACACUAUAAUGAUAGAUAUUUUUACGACUAA